ACACCUAUAUGGUGUGAGCAUUGGUAGAGAUCUUUAUAGGUUUAUGAUUUUGAACCUACCCCAACACACUGACAUUAGAAUUCUCAGUGAAGAUUCAGCUGCCUGGUGAGGAAGUACAUGCAAGCUGGAGAAAGAAUCCAGAAGGGAUUCCUUCAUGGAAGGGUCUGGGGCCAGGGACAUAGGUAGCAGAGUUUUUUUUUGCAUCAUUUAUGGAGGGCACUGCUGUGUCCAAAGGUAACUUGUCCAUUCCUACAUUGGUUAAGUUACUCAUGGAUGCCUGAUGCACAGUGCCUAGAACAAUCUACCCCUCGUGUUCUCCUGUCAUGAUAUUCUCCUUCAGAGUGUGUUCUGUGCACUGCCCUGUGUCCCUCCAGCCUCUCACUCUUAUAUCUGUGUCCACAGAGGAUUUCCUGGUCUUUGGUCCCUCAGACCCCAUUGUCGCCACACUGGGUGGGGAAGCCAUACUUCCCUGCUCCGUGUUUCCACUCAUGAGUAUGGAGAACAUGGAGGAGCUGAGGUGGUUCCGCACCAGAUUCUCCCAAGCAGUCUUUGUCUAUCGGGACCAAGAGGAGCAGAAGGAAGGGCAGUUGCCUGGGUAUUCACAGCGCACCUCAUUGGUGAAGGACCAGUUCCAUGAAGGCAAGGCUGCUGUGAGGAUCCAGAAUGUCCAGAUGUCAGAUAGUGGGAUAUACGUCUGCCACUUCAAACAGGGAGUGCUCUAUGAAGAGGCCAUCUUGGAACUUAAGGUGGCAGCGAUCGGCUCUGUCCCUGAAGUGUACAUCAAAGGUCCAGAAGAUGGUGGAGUGUGUGUUGUGUGCAUGGCUUCAGGGUGGUACCCGAAGCCCCAGGUGCACUGGAGAGACUCCAGAGGAGAGGAUCUCCCAGCAUCCUCAGAGAUCCUCCGUGAAGAUGCUGAAGGACUGUUCAGCACAGAGACCUCGCUGGUGGUGAGAGACAGCUCUGUGAGGAAUGUGACCUGCUCCACCUUCAAUCCCGUCUUGGGUCAGGAGAAAGCCAUGGCCAUUGUCAUCCCAGAGCCCUUCUUCCCUCAGGCCUCUCCCUGGAAGACAGCUUUUGUUGUGAUCCUGACCAUGAUGGGACUUCUAGUCUUGGGGACAAUCUAUCUUCUCAGAAGGGAACAUUCUGGAAGGCUGAAGGUGCAGCAGAAACGGAGGAAUUUUCAGUGUGAGAAGGAUGAGUUACAGACGACAAAGGAGGAUGCUCUGCUGUCUACUAGUGCACUCAGGGAGGAGCUUGAUUGGAGGAAAGCCGCCUACAAUCGCGCCUGGAGGAAGGCGAAGCUGUAUGCAGAUUGGCGCAAAGAACACUUCCAGACCUGGACUUUCACUCUGGAUCCAGCCUCUGCCCACCCCACCCUUGUCAUCUCCCAGGAUAGGAUGAGAGUGACCCGGAAAGACACCACUGUGUGCUUGGAUGACCUCUUCAGUGUGCUAGGCACCAACGGCAUCUCGUCUGGAAGAUAUUACUGGGAGGUGAAGCUGACAAACAGAGAAGGCAGCAAAUGGAUUCUGGGGGUCUGUAGGGAAGGUGUGGAGAGGAAAGGCUUUUAUUUUGAGAGCCCAGAGAAGGGGUUUUGGACAGUGGGGCAGUCUAGUAGUGGGUAUUGGGCCUAUGUUGACUCUGGGAGGGAUUCCUUAUCCAUCAGGCAAGCUCCGCAGAGUGUGGGGGUGUUUGUGGACUAUGAUGAAAGGAACAUCUCCUUCUAUAACAUGAGUGACAAGUCCCACAUUUUCUCCUUCCACGAGGCUUCCUUCUCUGGGACUCUCCUUCCAUACUUCCAGCUUAAGUCUGGAAAUGUCUCGAUGACUGUCAGCUCCAUGGCCUGUGUGUCUGAGGGGCAGGAGGGAGAAGAGGGAGAGAAAGGGAAGGAACAAGAGGAGGGCAAAGAGGAGGAAGAAACUCCAUUCCUCCAGCGUGUCAGGGACACUCUGUUCCCAAAGUGUGGAUCACUGCCUAAGUCGUCAAUGUGACUCCAUGUGUGAGUGUAAAGUAUUUUUAUAUUUAAUGUGAUUUUAGAUUAAAUGUUUACAUUUCAUGUAAAAUAGCAAAUUGUACAUUCUGGUGUGUAAAAAUUGUCUCAAUUUUCAGUAUCUAGUAAUAAAGUUUUAUAGGAACAUA